CGCGCGGAAGAGGCGGGGCUAGGGCCCUGGUCUCCACUGCCCGGCUCCUGGGGGCCGUGACCGGGAAUCGCGGCCCCCGAGAGUCAGGCAGAAGAGGGGCAGAAGGGACAGCGCCAGAGGCCAGUGCUCCCAACCCAGUAAUUCCAGUCACUGACUAGCGGCAGAACAAGGGUGGGGCUUGGGAGAGGCCGGCGAACGCGACAAGCUUGAGGGCGUGGCCCACGAGGCCAGCGAGGGGCAGGGCCCAGCCUUGGACUACCAGCCUUGUAGUGAUGCUGCGCUCCGACCUGCUCUCCCGCAGGUCGGAGCCUGGGGCCGCUUGUCGCGGAGUGGCGGCGCGGGCGGGCCAUGUCUUGGGACUCCCCGUCGCUGUGGGUGCUGGUAGAGGAGCACGUUCCGCUCCCGGAGCGGCCCGAAGUGAAGAGGAUUCUGGGGGAGACGACGGUGGACCUGAGCCUGGAACUGCGGGCAGAGGUGGGGAGUGGGCUGAUGGGUCACUCCAGGCCUGUCCCACGAUUCGGGUGAUUUCCCCACCUCCUCCGGAUCCCUGGCCCUGCCCGAUAACUCGAGAUCUUGCUGCAUCUCACUGUCCGCCCAGCCCUCUUGACUCCUCUCUGCCCCUCAGUCCCCCAGCCCCCUUCACGCCCGUCACUUCUCUCCCCAGUCGCAAGGUGUCCCAGCUCUCCUUGCAGGUGGUGAUGCUACAGUCACUGCUCCGUGAGGCUCGAUCCUCCCAAGCCUCUGGCUCCCGACCCACCUCUGACCCCUCCUCCCUUCUGGCACCACCGCCCCUCCUAAGAGACCUCGUGCGCCAGGAACUGAGACAGCUACUCCUUGGUCUCCGCCAGAAGGCCAUCUGCGAGGGCAGAGACCAGACCCAGGCUUGGAUCCAGUAUAGCCCCAGGGUCCUGCGCUUUGCCCUGGAGGAGCCUGGAUGUAAUUUGCCAGAACAGGAGAUAUUCCAGAUGAGAGCUGGUGAAUCCAGCAGCAGUCAGAGGGACCUCAGCGUCAUCAAGGACCAGCUGAACGUGUCCAGCAUCGACCAGGUUGCCAGACACCUGCGGAGCCUCCUGGAGGAGGAGUGUCACACGUUGGAGAGGAUGAUCCCCAUCCUACAGCGCCGCCUGGAAGAGGAGUAUACAGGGGCAUCCCAGCCCUCUGAGGCCACCCUAGAGCCCACCCUGGCAGAGCUACGGGAACAGAAGGUGGCCAUGCAACAAGAGCUGCAGGUGCCUCUGAGGCCUUCCUGUGUCUCUUCCAGCCACAGCAGCCCGCGGGGUCCUCCAAGGGUCUCAGACCCUUGCCUUGCCUCCGUGGGGCUUCUGGAGUUUGGGCUGAGCCUCUCCGGUGCUGCCUGCCUGCCCCUCCUCUGGAGCGCUGCCCCCGACCUCGAGGCCUGACUACCACCUGCCGCUGGGGACGGAAGCUUCAGCACAGCCCUGGGAAAAGGCCAGCUUCUACUCCAAUGUCCAGUACAGCACCCCAGGCCCCAACCUGAACGACCGGUCACAAAGUAGGCUUCGGCUCACCCCAUCCUCUGCUGCCACCUCUCAGCUGCCGUGGCCCAGCCCGCUUCAGAUCUCGUCUUGGUUGGAUGGGCCCUGGCCAGGACGCCAAGGCUGUCUGUCUAUCUGGCCCUUGCCCCACCCCCUCACCAAGUCCCUA